UAUGUCAGUUUGAAAUUGAAAUUGAAAAUAGAUCUUCUGAGAAGACUCGAGAUGACGGAGAUGAUCAGGUUUGCUCAUAACCGCAACCGCCAUCAUGAAUUCAGGAGAUAAUCUAACCUGGUACAACGUCGGCCUGGCAUUUUCUUUCAUCCUGUUGAAUGCGGCCAUAUCCAAAGUAUUCAACCUGAAAAUUGGUGUUUCUCUGGUGACUGCUGCGGUGCGCUGUAUCUUACAGCUAGCAUUCGUUGCUACUCUUCUGCAAAGUGUAUUCGAGACGGAUAACCCAUGGGCAGUUGCGGCAAUAGCAUUCUUGCUUAAUGUCAUGGGGACCUUUGAGACAGUGGUUAACAAGGCAAAGCGCCGUCAUGAAAGAAUGUUCCGGUCGGUAUUAUUCGGCUUUAUAGGCUCUACCAUCCCUGUCUCGAUUAUUGGCGCUCGAUAUGCCAUGUCAGUGAAGCCAUUCUGGGAACCGUCGCAAUACAUUCCAAUUGUUGGAAUGAUGUGUGGAAGCACUAUAUCUGGAGUUGUAAUCUCGCUGAACUACGCUCUAAAAGAGUUACAGGAAAAUCGCCGACAAGGUGGAGAUCUACCUAGCUUUUGGUGCAUCCAGAAUGGAAGCGUGUAAACCAAUUGCCAUAGACUGCCCUCAU